UUUGGUUGCACUCUACUUUAGCGACAAUUGAAGCUCACAUAACCGCAAAUAUUUCCUUCUGCCCCACAAAUUCAUCAAAAAAGUUACAAAAUGAAUUUUACUCGGAUUUUAUUACGUCAAAUAACAUUUCGUUCUGCUUCGCGUUUGUUAUCAACUGAAGUAGCCCCCGCUGCUACUGCUGGGUCAGCUAGUAAAGAUACCAAUGCACCUACUGCUGAUGCAGCGGGUAAAGAUAAAAAUAUGCCUGCUAGCGGUAAAGUAGGUAAAAGCUCAAAUAUACCUAGUGCUGCUGCAACCGGUAAAAGUUCUAAUGCUCCUGCUGCUUCUGCAACCGCUAAAGUUGCUAAUGCUCCUGCUACUGAUGCAGCCCGCAAGGAUAUUGUCGCGCCUAAAGCGGUAGUAGAAAAGUUAGUAGUUCCUGCACCAGAAGGUGAGGAGAAACCAGUUAAUCCAAAAUUGGAGAGCAUAGUCAACAGUAUCGCUGCAUUAAGUUUGUUGGAGGUCUCCGAAUUAAGUUCGUUAUUGAAAAAAAGAUUGAAUGUGCCGGAAACGGCCUUCGUAACACCACAAUUCGCUCCUGGACCAGCAGGCGGACCUGCUGGUGCUUCCGCCGAAGAAGAAGAAGUAGAAGCUCCUAAAAAAGUGCAAACCGCCUUUAAAGUAAAACUGGUUAAAUUUGAUGAGAAGCAAAAAGUUGCUCUCAUCAAAGAAAUAAAAAAUCUUCUAGAAGGCAUGAAUUUAGUGCAAGCGAAGAAAUUCGUCGAGAGUGCUCCCACAAUUGUUAAAGAGGACUUACCUAAAGAGGAAGCUGAGAAGCUUAAAGAAGCAUUAACGAAAGCAGGUGCCAUUAUUGAAAUUGAGUAAAAAUUAUUUACGUAUGUUUAAAGCGUCAUUAAGUUUUCAUAAGUUGCAUCAGUUAGCUUAUAUUUAGUAAUUAAGCAACAUUUAUAGUACUGUGUCCAUUAACAGCGGCUAAAAAGUUAAUAAAAGGUUAACAACAUAAUUAAUAAGGUGUUCGUCUAAAAUAAUCCCGUAAUCCAUACCACACCCAGGUUUCAGAUUUUACACGCUAGAAAUUUUACAUAUGGGGAAGUUCGCAAAGUUGUAUUAACGCGGUGUUAGGCUGUGCUAGCUUGGCCCAGAUCGAGUACAGCUGCAUUUAUCCUCGCGCAUACACACUCACAAUGCUUAGUUUAAUACGUCAAAUAUCAGUCAUCCUUAAACUAAGUAAAGAUCCCUGGCGUCUUGAGGCUUCACAAAUUUUCUUUAAUUUAAUUUACAUACCUGUGUUUAUCAAGAAUUUUAUGGUUAAAAUAUUUCUUUUAGUGACAUGAUUGUCUUCAUUUUUUCGCCGCUGUCCUAAUAUUAAAACAAAGAAAAUUUUAUUACAACACAUCUACUGUUACGUAUGUUUCGUGAGAGGGGGGGCAUUGCUCACAUGAGAAAUUACUUCUUCAAAAUUAGAAAAAAAAUCGCUUUCCCAAAAGAGACCUUGAUCAUAAACCGUGAUGGUUGGUAUCAAAAACGUCUUCGCCGUCGAAACGUACAUCUCGCAUAGAAUUGACAUUAUCGUGCUUAUAAGUUAAGAUGCGAUGCAAUCGUUAUUAUGUGUAGAUUAAUAAUAUCAACAAAAUGCCUAAGAAUAUUUUUUUUUUCUAGUUUUGUCAAGAUACGCGUGUUCAAUACCAUUUUUUACAUACAUCCAUCUAAACAUAACGGA